UGCCGCGCGACGCCGAGCGCCUAGUGCUGAGCGGGACUCCGGCUAUUCUCGAGCUCGCGACUUGGCCGGCGUGGAUCAUUCGUGUUUAAGAUCGGCCGGUGGCCCGCGUUCAGUCCCACCCCUCCUGAGUGCGUCUUCGUAUCUGUGCGUGUACGCGUGCGCUUGCCGAGGACGAGGAGGAGGCCGCCCUCCGAGGAAAGCACACAGUACCGACAUCACAAGUACACGUAGGCAUGCUUUCGCACAAGACCACACGUAAGCACACACACAUGUCUACGGCAUUUGUUUGAUUUGCUCGUGUUCGUGACCUUGGAAUUGGUGUUCAGUGUCGAAGAGUGAGAAAAGCCGCGCGGGAGCUUCAGGAGCGAGAGCGGGCGAUAUAUAAUUGAGGGAAGCCGAGGAUACUGACGACGAGGCCGAGGACCAUGUUCCCGUAUACGACUUUCCCCGCAGUCGGCGCUGGUAUGGAGGCGGCGGCUGCAGCGGCAGCUGCCGCUGCCGCGGCUGCGGCCAACGGCACCGGCAUCGACCACGAGUUCCAUAACACCCUGGUGCCGAUAAACGGCAGUCACUCGAGCAGCUCCGGCAGAAGCACACCCAACAGCGGUGACCCCGCCCCAGGCAAGCUCUUCGUCGGGGGUCUAUCAUGGCAGACGAGCAGCGAGAAGCUGCGCGAGUACUUCGGCAUGUUCGGCACCGUCACCGACGUCCUCAUAAUGAAGGACCCCGUCACGCAGCGAAGCCGGGGCUUCGGAUUCAUCACGUUCGCCGAGCCCGGAAGCGUGGACAAGGUCCUCAAAUGUCCGAUCCACACCCUCGAUGGCAAGAAAAUCGACCCCAAGCACGCCACGCCCAAGAACCGUGCCAAACAGGCCAACCGCACGAAGAAGAUCUUCGUGGGGGGCGUGAGCCAAGAUACGAGCAGCGAAGAAGUGAAAGCCUACUUCAACCAGUUCGGUAAGGUCGAGGAGACGGUGAUGCUGAUGGACCAGCAAACGAAGCGCCACCGGGGCUUCGGAUUCGUCACCUUCGAGAACGAGGACGUGGUGGACCGAGUUUGUGAGAUUCACUUCCACACGAUCAAGAACAAGAAGGUCGAGUGCAAGAAGGCCCAGCCGAAGGAGGCUGUGCAGCCGGGCGCCCUGGCUCUCGGCAAGCGUGUCGUCCUUGGGGCCCUCGGUGUCCGGCUCGCGCCCCAGCCGGCGCUUCCUGUCGCGGCCGCAGGCGUGGCUUCGCAGCUCGUCGCCCAGGCACAGGCCCAGGCCCAGGUACAGGCGGCGGCGGCCGCCGCGGCUGCCGCUCAGGUGCAGAACGCGGUCGCGGGCUACGGGAAGCUCUUCGCCGGGGGAUACCCAGCUUCGGCCCUCUCGGCCUAUCGAUACGCGCCCUAUCCGAUCCCAGCAUCGGCGGCGGCCGCGGCAGCGGCAGUCGCCGCCGCCGCUGCAGCGACCCCCGGCCCUCAAAUGCCCCAAAAUCCAGCGGCGCCCCAGGGUCCAGGCCAACCCCAGGCGAAUUCACCCGCGGCGGGCGUCGCGCCACCCAACCCCUACCAAGGCUACUCUCUUACGAACGUCGACAUGUCAAGCUUCCAGGGCGUCGACUGGGGCUCCAUGUACGGCAUGGGUAUGUACGUUUAAGGUGGCUGGAGUGAGCGCGUCGACGAGCCCCGCGAUUGUCGAGGAGUUGGAGCCGACGCCGCGAGAGCUACGCGACCAGCGAGGUGGAGUUGAGUCGAGACUCCCAAUGAGCUCCCCCAUAGCGAAACCGACAUCCUGGAGAGGAAAACAGCCAGUGGCGGUGGCUCGGAGAGCCCAGGCGAUGCGAUCUUAUCGAAGGAUUCGUACUCGCAAGGGAGGGAGAGGCUCUCGUCGUUCCUGAACGUGGCCGGACCAAGAAGGAAAGGUCCGUGACCUGGAGGAUCGGUGGCUCUUUAACUUCGAGUCAAGGACAUUCCCAGGACUCGGCUUGUCCAUCAUUAGCGUGAGAUGCUACUCGCGCGCGGGAUUCCCCUCGUGAUGCCGGUGUCGUUGUUACCCACCUUAAAGAAUAAUGACCUUUGUCUUUUCUUUCUUUCCUAAUAAGCCCCUCAUCGACAAACACGUAGAACAACGCGUUAGGGUUCCUAUUCCAAUUGUGCGCUACUGCACUACACAGACUCGCUACUCUCUCUCUCUCUCUCUCUCU